AUGGUCAUUGCUGCAACCGCCUUCUUCAUGCACAAGAAAAAGGCCGCAACGCCGCUCGACGCAAUGCUUGUUCGCUUGUUUGGAGGCAAGGGCAGGACGGAGAGCGAGAGGAGGGAGAGUAAUAUUGAGGAGCAGCAGGUCGCUAGGCCGCCUGAUGUCGCUCUUUCGCCGUCCGGUUCGCAAGCUACGUGA